AUGUCGGAAACUGAACCAGACGAUUCACUCGAUUUCAAAGCACUUGAACUCUUUCCUCCGCUACGAGCUAAUGUUACCGAAAUUGAAGAAAACCGUGAAGACGAAGAUUUAAUUUCAUUCGAACAACAAUUAGCCAAGCAUUUUCAUAGUGCUCCAUCGUUUAUACUUAAAGAUGAGUUUACUAGUCCUUGGUCGUACCUCAAGAGUGUAGAAACACAUAGUUAUUUUCCUCCGUCCUUGCUACCAAAAAAAAAGAAAAUUUCACCAAAUGAAAAACCGUUAACAGACAAGCAGUGGAUGGAUAAAUUAAAAGCCGAAGUAGCCAACCAUGUUUAUUUGUCGUUAAAACAAAUUGUAACUACCACGAAAACCAAAAUAAACGAUUUCCUCAACCCAGCCAGUAAAAAGAAGGUAAAAACUGAAAACGGCCCUUCCACUUCACAAUUGUUUAAUGAAAGUGUUGUUAAAGAACUCGAGGAAGAGGAAGACAUUAAUGUCGAAGAUAGCGAAGAACCAAAAAAGAAAGAGGAAGAUGAAAAAGAAGGAGAACUAAAAGAUAUCGAUGAUGAGUUGGAAAGUGAUGUCGACGAUGAGUUAAAUGAUGGAACUAACUACAAUACAAAUUAUUUUGAUAACGGGGAAGGAUAUUUAUUUGAUGAGGAUGAUGGUUUGGAUGAUAAUAACGCCAUCUACUAA